AUGUUAUUUAGAAGUGGAAACUCCAGAACUUUAAUUCUGUCAAACACAACCACACCCAUUCAGCGCUCUAGAUCCAGCCCAUUACCCAUGCCCACUCAGCGCUCUAGAUCCAGCCCAUUACCCAUGCCCACUCAGCGCUCUAGAUCCAGCCCAUUACCCAUGCCCACUCAGUUCUCUAGAUCCAGCCCAUUACCCAUGCCCACUCAGCGCUCUAGAUCCAGCCCAUUACCCAUGCCCACUCAGUGCUCUAGAUCAAGCUCCUUACCCACGCCCACUCAGCUCUCUAGAGUCAGCCCCUUAACCACGCCCACUCAGCUCUCUAGAUCAAGCCCCUUACCCACACCCAGUCAAGGGUCUGGAUCCAGCCCCAAUACAAGCCCACUCAGCUCUCUAGACCCAGCACAUUACCCAUGCCCACUCAGCGCUCUAGAUCAAGCCCCUUACCCUUGCCCACUCAGCUCUCUGGAGCCGGUCCUAUAGACCCACCCUCUUGAAACUAGUCCCUUAGCCUUGUUCACUUGGCUCUCUGAAGCUGGCCCUUUGCUCCCCACUCAGUCAACUUUUCCCACCUUUCAACUCUCUAAACUUAUCCACUUGGCCCCAAAAAUUUUAUCCCCCAGGUUAUAAUUGUGUGUUUUGUGAGAAAUGAAGCCAAUGACCUAAAUUGUGAUUAUAAUUAAAGUUUAUAUCUGUGAUCGGAAUGGUAUAAUCAACCACUUUCUGAUGGCUUGAUGGGGAAUUGUGAUACUCGGCACAUGUAUAAAGAAUCUCCUGAUAUUACACUCUUGUGCAACUUCUAAAGCAAUAAUACACCUGGUUUGGUGAAAGUAUAUUUUGUUAUAAAGUCUGAUUGGAAGACACACACUGACGCUGGUCCUGAAACCGUAAGUCAUUUUAGCCUGCACAGAGCUGUAAAAAGUACAGAUGUAUCUUCCGGAAAAGUAUGUGAAGGAUUCAGGCCAAAAUUAGAUUAUAUGACUUCAUAUGCAUUAGUAAUGUUUCGAAAAAUAUUCCAUGUUGUUGAUGGUGUUAUUGCAGCUGCAGACACGGCUUCCUGUCACAUGAAAACAGUUUUGGAUAAUGAAACAAAUUUGUAUUUUUGUAACACAUUAUUUCUAACAUUAUAUACAUAUUCUAUAUUUUCAUCCAGCUUCUUCUGCUUAUCGUGUUAAUGAUGUAAUAAGGACAUUUUCCUUGUCUUGAAACUAAGAAUAAUCCUGCUUAACAAUCCAAGUUAUUCUCUCAAAAGAGAACUGCUCUUCUGUGCAGGAAGGAUGUUGAUUGGUCAUGAAGGAUUACUGCAUUACUAGCUAAACAAAAAAAUAAAACAAUCAUGCAUUAUGUGAUUGAUUCGAGACGCGUCCAGCACGAACACCGUCAGCAUGAAAACAUGUCGAGAUUUGAUGCUACCUUGUGAUUAAGAAUCCCGGCCCUUCAAUCCGCAUGUGAUUUUAAAAAACAAAAACAAAAAAAAUACGUCGGUGCCUGAUGAUCCUCUCUCAUAGCUACAGCGAGACCAUUAGUCACUCUGUUUUUCUCAAAAUCAUUUCUGCUACAAUCCAUGAAUUUAAAAAAAAAAACCCGGACCUGGAAGAUUAUAUAUCUAUAUAUUUGAAAGAAAAAAAAAUUAUAGCUUUAUUUAUUUAUUUAUUUGAUGAAGCACUGGACCAUAAGAAGGAAGUGCGAGUCUGAACUUUUCUUUUUUUCUUCUUUUUUUAAAAAAAAAAAAAAAAAAACACACACAAGCAGCCUGCUGCCUUUAACUGCUGUGUUUUUUUUAUGUUCUGACUCAAACACAACCUAAAAUCCUAUAUUUUGAUAGGGAGUCGACGUUUUCUGUAUCGCUGUAGAUUUAAAAAAAAAGAAAAGAAAGAAAAGAUUUAUAUAGAAGCUAUUUUCAUGGUGUCUUUUCACGGUUGAAGAUGAUGUACUUUCAUAAUCUUAUUUAAAAAAAACGAGUCUAAACUGACAGUCUCUUCUGUCUGACAUUUUUGUUGCACAAAAAAAGUUCCGUUUAAAUCGAGCUUAAAUAAAAGGACCUAAAACUGUCAAUUUGUUCGUUUCUUUGACUCAGUAUUUAAUUUUCAUGUUAAAGUUCUCACUUUUUAUUGUUAUUUGUGAUUAUUUUUAUUUUUUAUUUUUAUUUUUUUGUAAAAAAAUGAUAGCAGAAUAUUAAGUCCCCUAGAUGCUAAAAAACAACACAUGGAUACAGAUUAGCUUUAUGUUGUAUAACUGACCUUAUGGCACGUGCCUAUUGUAUUCUGUCAAGCCGUUCUGGCAUUCCGUCAUUCAUUCUUUCUUUCUUUCUUUCUUUUUUUUAACGAUUAAAAUUGUCUUUAUUUGACAUAAGAAAUAAGAGUGUGUAAAAAGUUUGUGUGUGUGUGGAAAAGUGCUUCAGUUGUCCUUAAGAAUGAAGUAAAAUGACACCCCUUUGUUUUUGGUUGUUAAAAAAAAAAGCAGCAACAGCACCAGGAUCUCCACAUUGAUGAAGAUUCUAAACAUAUGAAAAAAAAUAAAAAAUAAAAAUUGCUCUAAAAGA